AAGCUGCAGGGUAGCACUCAUCGACCGGCAUUCUCAAUGGAUGGGGACUUCAUUAUUGGGGGUGCUUUCUCUCUUCACUCCUACACGCAAACAGUGAGCCAUGAUUAUACCAUCAUGCCUGAGAAAGUAAGAUGCAAAGGAAGCAUAAAUGCCGAUGAGCUGCAGUUGUUACAUGCAAUGGUCUUUGCCAUAGAAGAGAUUAACAACAGUACAGAGCUGCUGCCCGGAAUCAGGCUUGGGUAUCAGAUCUAUGACUCAUGUGCAUCAGUUUCCAUGACAGUGCAUUUGGCAUUUCAGUUUUUGAAUAGCUUGGACCUUGUGUUUCACACUGGCAAAACCUGCUCCCAGUCAGGUAUGGUGAUGGCUGUUGUUGGUGAGUCUGGGUCUACGCCAUCCAUCAGCAUGUCACGAAUCAUCAGUCCCUUUAACAUUCCUCAAGUGAGCCCCUCUGCCACAUGUGCAUGCUUGUCUGACAAGGAGCAGUACCCAAGUUUUUUCAGAACAAUCCCCAGUGACCAGUUUCAAGCUGAUGCGCUAGCUAAGCUUGUAAAACAGUUUGGCUGGACUUGGAUAGGUGCUGUACGAUCAGAUACAGAUUAUGGAAAUAACGGCAUGGCAUCCUUUCUAGAAGCAGCAAAGAAAGAGGGGAUCUGUGUGGAAUACUCUGUAUCUUUCUAUCGGACACACCCACAUAGCAGGAUACAGAAAGUGGCAGAUGUUAUCCGCAGUUCUACAUCUAUGGUAGUGGUGGCAUUUGCACCAUCUGGAGACAUGAGGAUCCUGCUGGCAGAACUUUCACGUGAGCCUUUCCCACCUCGACAGUGGAUAGGCAGUGAGUCAUGGGUGACCAACCCAGAAUUAAGGAAGUACAGUUUUCUCACUGGGGCCAUUGGAUUUGGAAUUCAGAAAUCUGUAAUCCCAGGUUUCAGAAACUUCCUGUUAAAUCUCUCUUUUGCUCAAGUGGCUGUAUCACCAUUGCUUACUGAGUUCUGGGAGGAUUCCUUCAACUGCACAAUAAAAGAAAGUGAUUCUGCAGGAAAGAAAGUAUGUAAUGGAACUGAAGAUAUAAAGACUCUCCAAACCCCGUACACUGAUACAUCUCAGCUUAGAAUUAGUAACAUGGUGUACAAGGCUGUGUAUGCAAUUGCACAUGCCUUUCAUAAUGCAUUAUGUCAGGGAAGAAAUGUCACAGCUCAGUGUGACAAACUAACCAAAUUACAGUCCGAGCAGAUUCUAACUGAGCUGAAGAAAGUAAAUUUUUCCCGAAAUGGAUAUGAUGUGUCAUUCGAUACUAAUGGGGAUCCUGUUGCUAUUUAUGAGCUGGUUAACUGGCAGAAAACUAAGGCUGGCAUAACUGACAUAGUGACUGUAGGGCUGUAUGAUGCAUCACUGCCAGACGGCCAGGAGUUCCAGAUUAACAAAAACAUAAUCUGGAUGGAGGGCAGCACGAAAGUGCCAGUGUCAGUGUGCAGUGGGAGUUGUCCUCCAGGAACUCGUAAAGUGCUGCAAAAAGGAAAACCCAUUUGCUGCUAUGACUGUACUGCAUGUCCUGAGGGAGAGAUUAGUAAUACUACAGAUUCUGCUGAUUGUUUACCCUGCCACAUGGAAUUCCAGCCUAAUGCAAAGAGAGACACUUGUAUCCCUAAACCUGUAGAGUUUCUUUCUUUUCAAGACAUCCUAGGAAUCAUCCUGGCUACAUUCUCAAUUCUUGGUGCUUGUCUGACUAUUAUGACUGCUGCUAUAUUCUUUUAUCACAGGACAUCUCCAAUUGUCAGGGCCAACAACUCUGAGCUGAGCUUCCUGCUGCUCAUCUCACUGACUCUGUGUUUCUUAUGUUCAAUAACUUUCAUUGGAGCACCAUCUGAGUGGUCUUGCAUGCUGCGUCACACUGCAUUUGGGAUCACCUUUGUGCUCUGUAUCUCCUGUGUACUUGGGAAAACUAUAGUGGUUUUAAUGGCUUUUAAAGCUACACUUCCAGGAAGCAAUGUCAUGAAAUGGUUUGGUCCUCCACAACAAAGAAUGACUGUUAUGUCUUUCACCUUUAUUCAAGUUUUAAUAUGUACUAUUUGGUUGGUACUUAGCCCUCCAUUCCCAAUAAAAAAUCUAACCGCAUACAAGGAGAAAAUCAUCCUGGAAUGUGCAUUAGGCUCUGCUGUUGGCUUCUGGGCUGUGCUUGGUUACAUAGGCCUACUUGCUUCCUUUUGCUUUGUUUUAGCUGUUUUAGCCCGCAAAUUACCUGAUAAUUUCAAUGAAGCCAAAUUCAUCACUUUCAGCAUGCUGAUAUUCUGUGCAGUGUGGAUCACCUUUAUCCCAGCAUAUGUAAGCUCUCCUGGGAAAUUCACUGUGGUUGUGGAAAUUUUUGCCAUUCUGGCCUCCAGCUUUGGACUAGUUUUUUGUAUAUUUGCUCCAAAGUGUUUUAUCGUAUUGUUUAAGCCUGAGAAGAACACCAAAAAAUAUUUAAUGAACAAAUAUCAAUCAUAG